CAUGGGAAAAUCCGAGUCUGCGAAGUCGAUAGCGGAGUUAGUGUCGCAGCAGCGCGUGCGCAGAGGUUCCGAGGCGACAUGUGCCCCAACCAACCACGUGGAUGCGUCAACCCGGCUUUUGUUUACAGUACCCCACCAAAGGAGAGAAAGCUGCCGCUGUCACCGUCUGCUUACUUGAAGCUCCAGUACGGCGCGCUGCUCGAAGGGUGCGGGGGUGAGCUGCCGUCGUUGAGCGCAUGCGCACCCCACCCGCCGCACCUCGACAAAGCGACGCGCCGCCAACAGAAGGAUGCGCGUGCGCAACAAGACAAAAUCGCACAAGUUAACAUACAUUUGCACGCCCUCUUCGCAGCCGUCGAACAUGGAUAUCUUGACAAAGCGAGAAACAUCCUGGAGUCGACUGAUGUCGACGUUAACAGCCUCAACGCCGACGGGCUGUCGCCUUUGGACGUGGCGGUGCUCUCGACUAACAGGCCGCUCGUCAAGAUGCUCAUGGAGUUCGGCGCCAAGGAAGGCACGCAAUGUAAGUACUAGAAUAUAGAUAAUAGUAUCUAGAUGUUAUUCUCAACUUCUGCUCGUAUAAAGGUAAAAUGCAUACUAAAUUGUGCUCCUGGCUCCGCCCGCAAAGCAGUGGAAUGAAAGCCCUAUAUGACUUUCUAUUAAAAAAAAAAGUAGCGUAUAUGCAAAUACUGCAGUACCAAAUUUGAUCCAAAUCCGUUAAGUAUUUUUUGGGUUUUCUAACAAUCGUUCACAUUUACAAUAUUAAUAAGGAUGGCUUUCCAUAAUAUACGCGGCACUCGAAAGGAAAAGCUAUAAACAUAAAGUUUACUCCAUACCAUCGUUAUGCUCACAAAAAUCACACAAAACUCCAUCUAUUUUUUUGAAUUUGAUUUGUAUGCGACGAGUAUUUUUUUCGGUUUUCAUUUUAUUUCAUUCUAAGAAGAGUUGACUGCAAGAGCCUAUAUUAUAGAACAUAAAGAAAAAUAUCAUCGUCUUCAUACAAUAUUAGUAA